GACAUCUCUAACCAUACAGACACUACAGACUGUAGGGGAGACAUCUCUAACCAUACAGACACUACAGACUGUAGGGGAGACAUCUCUAACCAUACAGACUGUAGGGGAGACAUCUCUAACCAUACAGACUGGAGAGGAGACAUCUCUAACCAUACAGACACUACAGACUGUAGGGGAGACAUCUCUAACCAUACAGACACUACAGACUGUAGGGGAGACAUCUCUAACCAUACAGACUGUAGGGGAGACAUCUCUAACCAUACAGACUGGAGAGGAGACAUCUCUAACCAUACAGACACUACAGACUGUAGGGGAGACAUCUCUAACCAUACAGACACUACAGACUGUAGGGAGGCUAAUUGUGCUGCAAACAGUCCAACAGGCCUCUCUGAACCCUUAUCUUCCUACCUGGAGACCAGAAGCCUGCUAUUGGACAGUGCGGAGAAGGAGAAGGGCCAGCAGCCCAUUCCCCACCAAUCCCCCAAGCCUUCCUGGGACAGAGACAGACAGGAGUGUAGCAACUCACCUGAGGCUUUAGGAUUAGAGGACAGUUUGUUUACUGAGGAGGACAGCUCAUACAGAUCCUACCUCCAGACCAGCUCUCACCCUGCCGUCCUGCAGCAGGAUCGUGGGGUGAGGAUCGUGAGGUACCCCUAUCCCGGCGUCAGUCUCAACCUGCUCUCCCUUACUAGCCUGGAAACAAUCCUAGAGGCUGAUCCCGACCACUCCCUGGACAACUCUGCUACAGUGGAAGAUGAGACGGGAGAUGAGGAGGAAGAUGAGGAGUGGAGAAAGAUUGUUAGGAUAAGGCCCACUGAGGAGGACAGAGGCACUGUUCUUCUGUCUGGUGACAUCAUCAUAUCCUAUGUGCCCACUUUCAGCCCGUUGUCGUGUCGUCCUGAGGACUUGUCCAGUAUCGAGUCUUCAGAGCACCAGCUGGUCUUGUCGACCUUUGACCCCGAUGACCCCAGGGUCAUGACCUUACCACACGAGAGGGACACCUCGGGCAGCGAGAGAUGCUCCAGUCCCACCCCCACCUCUGUGUCCUACGAUUUUGACACCACCAGCACUAACAGUGAGGAGAUGGAAGAGUCCAUCCUGCCUGUCUCAGGGGGGAACGCCAACCUCCACAAACCCAUGAAGAGCAAGUCUAAAGGAGGCCGGGCGGGGAGCUCCAAGUUCUCUGUCUUCGCCAAGAUGCCUUCCUUCAGGAAGAAGAACAGUCUGAAGAACACCAAGGUGGACAGCUCGCCCCGGGACUCACCCGACCUGGGCAGGGAGCUGGGGGGAGGACAUAGGGGACAGGGGGAAGACACCUCAGACGACGACAGUGUCUUUUUGACGGUCCAGCAGGCCUUCUCCUCCGGUCCGGUGGGUUGCUACGAGACAGAGGAGGAGGACUACAGCUUCUUCCCCUCCACGCCUCGCACCAACCACGUCCACCUGCUCUUCAGGGAGGGGUCCAGCAGCCCAGACACCCCUCUGACCUCCCAGCCCGGAGGUCUCAGACACAACCAGACUGGGGCCCCCGAGGGCCUUCACGGCUACAAGAGGAGCAAGAGCUCAGACAGCCUCAACCUUCGCAUGCGCUUCGCCCAGGCCCAAAAGUCCCUGUCCAGCCUGUUUGAGUCUCGCUCCAUGGAUAAGGAGAACGAGGAGGAGCAGGGGAGCGUUGAGACAGGGAGUGAAGGGAAGGUGGGGCGAGCCAAACAGUCCUGGAGGAGGCUGAGGACCAAAGAGGCUGAGCUGGUGAGGAGGACCCUGUCUGUCCCGGUCGGGGAUGGGGUCGAGGGAGAGGACGGUGGGGGUUUGAGGACGCCCAGACAGAUCCACAGUGAAUACGCAUCCUGCUCGGCCUCAGGCUCAGUGCUCAGUGUCCCUGGGUCCCCCUCCUCUCUCAGGGCUCUGAAUCUCACCGACCCCCUCACCAAGAGGGGUCUGCAGGACAGUCAAAGCAGGGCCGGGGCCGACACGCCACAGGGCUGCAAGUUGGAUGGCGAAAGGAGGAAAGGGAAGGUCACGCCCAACGACCUGUCAAUCAACUUCUCAGACUCAGGACCGCCUUACUCGCAAGACUCUGAGGCUCCGCCCGCAAAUGAAUCCAGCCCCCUGGCGCCCAUGAGCCCCGCCCCCCUGGCUGCAUUAGCCAAUCAGCUGUCCUGGUCCCCAGGGGGAGGCUAUGAGAGCACAGCGUGUAGCAUGGUAGCUACACCAGACACCCCAGUGAGACCCAUGAGCCCCAAGCCCCACAGCCCCAGAUCUGCUGCCCAGCACAGGGCUAUCUGCUACCCCCCCACUGCCUCUGCCCGGGCCUCAGUCCUGUAUCUGCUCCUCAUGGGCCAGUCAGCCAGUGUUGAGGGACUGUCUGACCCGCCAGAGAAGCCCAAGACCCUGAAGCCCCGAGCGGGGCCGUUAGACUCCUCCUCCCUCAGUCCAUUGGAGGACAGCGAAGUGGACAGUCUGCUUACACCUAUGUUCUUCAAACAGUUUGAGACCAGUCAGGAUGGAUGUAGACCCAGCAGCCAGGCAGGGGGAGGAGGGAAGAGGCUAGCAGAGCUGAAGACUCCUGGGUCUGGACCGGACACUACUGCCUUAGCCCUCAGACCACCACUAGGCCACAGGCCGGACAGGGAUCCGAGACGCCACCGCUGCUGCUCAGAUGACCUGUGGAUCGAAGAGGAAACGAGACGGAAGCGGAAGCUGGCCCGAGUGAUGAGGGGAAGCCUGGGACAACUCAACACACACUGUCCUGAAGAGCUCGACAAAUCGCAUGCUCCAGUGUCCCUGUCGACCAUGGAGGCAUUCUCUGGGAUGCUCCUGAAGACCCACUGCUUCUCCCAGAGCACCCCCAUCGGUCUGGACUGUCUGGGCUGGCGACGACGCAUCUCCUACCCCUCGGUGAUAGUACCAGACGGGGGUGGAGAGAAGAGCGGUCUGGGGCUGGGUGAUGAUCUAGGCAGUGACGAGGACCUGUAUGAAGAGUUCCGCAGCUCCAGACAUCACUUUGGACACCCAGGGGGAGGUGGGGAACAACUGGCCAUAAAUGAGCUGAUUAGUGAUGGCAGCUGUGUGUACGCCGAGGCCCUGUGGGACCAUGUCACUAUGGACGACCAGGAGCUGGGCUUCAAGGCGGGGGAUGUCAUCGAGGUAGUGGAUGCCACCAACAAAGAGUGGUGGUGGGGACGCAUCCUGGACAGUGAGGGCUGGUUCCCAGCCAGCUUCGUCCGGUUACGUGUGAACCAGGAUGAGCCUAUGGAGGAGUACCUAGCCCAGCUGGAGGAGGCUGGGGCUGGGGAGAAUGACCGGCCAGGGGUGGGUCUGUUUCUGGGACCAGGGCUGCCUUGUAAGGAACAGAUGAGGACUAAUGUCAUCAAUGAGAUCAUGAUCACAGAGAGAGACUACAUCAAACACCUCAAAGACAUCUGUGAGGGUUUCAUCAAGCAGUGCCGUAAGAGGAUAGACAUGUUCACAGAGGAGCAACUGCUGUGUAUCUUCGGGAACAUCGAGGACAUCUACCGCUUCCAGAAAAAGUUCCUGAAAGGUCUGGAGAAGAGGUUCAACAAGGAGCAGCCGCACCUCAGCGAGAUCGGAUCCUGCUUCCUGGAACACCAAACAGACUUCCAGAUCUACUCGGAGUACUGUAACAACCACCCCAACGCCUGUGUGCAGUUGUCCCGGCGGAUGAAGACCAACAAGUACGUGUUCUUCUUCGAGGCUUGUCGUCUGCUGCAGAAGAUGAUUGACAUCUCGCUGGAUGGCUUCCUGCUCACGCCCGUCCAGAAGAUCUGCAAGUAUCCUCUGCAGCUUGCCGAGCUACUGAAAUACACCAACCCCCAGCACAGGGACUAUAAGGACGUGGAGGCUGCCUUGAACGCCAUGAAGAACGUGGCCAGGCUGAUCAACGAGAGGAAGCGGCGCCUGGAGAACAUCGACAAGAUCGCCCAAUGGCAGCGCUCCAUAGAGGACUGGGAGGGAGAAGAUAUCCUCAGUAAAAGUUCAGAUCUGAUCUUCUCUGGGGAGCUGACGAAGAUCUCCCAGCCUCAGGCCAAGAGCCAGCAGCGCAUGUUCUUCCUCUUCGACCACCAGGUGGUCUACUGCAAAAAGGACCUCCUGCGCAGGGACAUGCUGUACUAUAAGGGUCGUAUGGACAUGGACCAGAUGGAGGUGGUGGAUGUGGAGGAUGGGAAGGAGAAGGACUUCAACGUGUCGGUGAAGAACGUUCUGAAACUGCGCUCGCUGGCGGGGGACGAGGUCCACCUGCUGUGUGCCAAGAAGCCUGAGCAGAAACAACGCUGGCUCCAAGCGUUCCAGGACGAGAGGAGGCAGGUGCAGCACGACCGCGAGACAGGAUUCUCUAUCACUGAGGUCCAGAAGAAACAGGCCAUGCUCAACGCCUGCAAAAGCCAUCCAGCUGGGAAACCCAAAGCUGUGACCCGGCCCUAUUGUGACUUCCUGCUCCGUCAGAAGCAGCCGUCUCUGCCCAGCAGCGUACCCCAGCAGCAGGUCUUCAUGCUGGCUGAGCCCAAACGCAAGGCAACCACCUUCUGGCAAAACAUCGGCAGACUGACGCCUUUCAAGAAGUGAAACGCCAAAGGAGAGGAGAGCUCUCUGCUCGUGCCUGAACUUAACUUUUUAUGCCAGAUGCUCUUUUUUUAUAUAUACAUAAUCCUAUCCUAAUUGAUAUACUGAUAUCGUGAAAGAUUAUUAUGAUAUAUUUUUUUCUUUGAGAAAGCACUUUAUAGGCUGUUACAAUUAGACUUGGGAAUGGUUCUUCCGGACAGUGUGUGUGUGUGUAUAUACAUUGGGCGACCGUUACUAGGACUAUUAUACCUGCUACUGCAACCAACAACCGAUUGGUUCCACUACUGCUGCGUGAUCAUGUGACUGCCAGUGAGGCUCCUCUUUAUGAAAGACGUUGACUGGCGACAACAAAAUGUUUAGUUCUUUUCCCCCCCAGUGUUUAUGUUUUCUGACAAAUGCCAACUGUUCACAGUGCCAGAAACAUGUUGCUUUCUGGGAAAAAAGGUGAAAAAUUGUGAUAAAGAUUUAUUGUACUU